UAUUCUCCUUUCUGUCCUCCUUCUUUUACUCCUAAAGAGCCAAAACAUCCCAGUCCAUCCUCGCCUAAAAUUAACAAGACUCACCUUUUAAUCAUUAAAUACCCAAAAAAAUUUAAGUUGAAGGAGGAUAUAAAAAUUCUAUUAAAAGUGGGGCAGUUCUCUACAAUAAAAUUGGAGAGGCAUUAAAUAAAUUUGAUGAUUGUGGAUUAGAUAAAGAAGAUACAGGGCAUUUGAAUGGUAUUGAAAAUUUUCAGAACUACCUUGCUGGUGAUUUAAUUCCCUUAAUUAUUUAAAUGAUAGUUAUCUUAGGAAAAAUUGAUCAAAAUAUCCAAACUAUCACCUCUUCAAGAGGCAAAAUUUUAAAUUAUUUGAAGAGCAAUUACCAUGAGAAAUGUAUAUUAAUUUUUAAAAAAUGCUUAGUCGAACAAAUUAUGAAAAAUAUUGAAAAAAAUCCACAAUUUGCAAUUGAGCGUGGAAUUGGAAUCCCUAAAAAAUUGGACAUUGAAUUAGGUUUGGGAGUUGAUGAGAAAGAUGAAGCAUUUGAUAGUUUGUUUUUGCGGACUGUUACUGAACUCUCAGAAAGAAUUGCUGAAUAUAUUAACAGCAAGCUCGUUGGAACAAUGCCCGCUAGCAAUAUUAGUAUCAAUUUUGAUGAAGUUCAUAAUUUAAUGUUUGAUAAUGAUAAAUAUCUAAAUAUUGCCAAAAUUAUUGCUAUUGAACAAACUAAAAUACUCAAAGAAAAGGAGAAAUCGAAAAAUAAGGAAGCUGUUCAACACAAGACUAAACCAAAAAUAGAUUUUAAUGAUAAUCAAAAUAAAAAGAAAUUAAUUUUAGGUAAACUAACUCCAAGUCUUUCAAGAGGAAAUGAUCGUACAAUUCUACAAGGAGGAAAUGAUCGUGCAACUGGCAAAGCCAUUGAGUCUGUGCAGCCAAAAUUUAAUCCGCCACAGCCAAAAGAGAAUCCAAGCUUUGUUUAUCGCGAAUAUAAAGGGAUUCCAAGCGUUCUCACUGAAAAUACUACAAAAAAUGCUAAUAAAUUUUCACAACAUGAAGCAGGAACUUCCUCUCAAUCUCCUAAAAAAGACAAAAUUUUGGAAAAAAAUAAAGCUAAAGAGCCCAUUCCUUUUACAAAAGCAAUUGCAAAUAUGAACUCUGAUUAUGUUUCUGUUAAAAGAAAUCAGGCUAAUCCGGACGUGAAAAUUAUUAAAAAAUCCUCCCCUAAACAAACAUCUUCUGAUGAUUCUCUAGACUAUUAUACUGCAGAUAGUAAUUUUGAUGGAGAUGAGGAAUUCGAAAAUAUUGAAAAAUCGGAAGCAGAAAUGAAGGAGAAGAAAAACGAGGAGGAUUGGGUGCAUGUUGCCAAAAAGAAUAACGAAGAACCAUCGACUUCAAGUUAUGCCGUGGUAAUGGACGAGGACAGCGAUGACAUGGAAGACGAUUUUUUUAAAGUCUAG